AUGGGUAACCAAAAUAGUUGCUGUUGUUAUCGUAGCCCAUCACCUAUCCGCAAAGAUAUUGUGAAACUAGAAGAUUAUCUUCCAGAAGGUGAAGUUAGUUCAAAUAAUAUACAGCAUAUCAGUGAAAGGGAGCCAGAUGAUGGUGAUAUUGAUCCCUCUCAAGAUCCCAUUGCUGGUACUAUUUUUAUGGAGAGAUCAAAAGCUUCUAUUGAAAAUGGUAUGACAAGAAAAAGAAGCCAACAUCAAAUUGCAGAAAAUAAGAUGAAAAAAAGCAGUUCCUGUUCUACAAUUUAUUUAGAUGAUAGCACUGUUUCACAGCCUAACUUGAAAAAUACUGUCAAAUGUGUUGCUCUUGCUAUCUACUACCAUAUAAAAAACAGAACAUCUGAACGUAGGUUAGAUAUAUUUGAUGAAAAGUUGCAUCCUUUAAGCAAGGAUGGGGUCAGUGAUGAUUAUGAUAGGUAUAAUCCUGAACAUAAACAAAUUUAUAAAUUUGUACGAACGCUGUUCAAUGCUGCACAACUCACAGCUGAAUGUGCUAUUAUUACAUUGGUUUAUUUAGAGAGAUUGCUGAUAUGUGCCGAGUUAGAUAUAGCUCCAUCGAACUGGAAAAGAAUAGUAUUGGGAGCAAUUCUACUUGCUAGUAAGGUGUGGGAUGAUCAAGCGGUCUGGAAUGUUGAUUACUGCCAAAUUCUAAAGGAUAUCACAGUGGAGGAUAUGAAUGAGUUAGAGAGGCAAUUCUUAGAAAUGCUUCAGUUUAAUAUAAAUGUACCUUCUAGCGUAUAUGCAAAGUAUUAUUUUGACCUCCGAACAUUAGCUGAAGCCAAUGACUUGGCAUUUCCUAGUGAGCCUCUUAGUAAAGAAAGAGCUCAAAAAUUGGAAGCAAUGUCUAGAGUAAUGGAAGACAAGAUUUCUGCAGAAAUAGUUAAGAAUGGUUUAAAGAAAUGGUCAAGUUUAGACAAUGUCAAUUCUGGUGCUGGAGUAAGGCGCAGUGUUGCCAUACUUUCAUAA